AUGUUUCUGGUCAACUGGCUUUGGGAUGUUCUGGGCAGCUUGGGGCUUGUAAACAAGAGCGGCCGUCUACUGUUUCUGGGUCUGGACAAUGCUGGCAAGACCACUCUGCUGCAUAUGAUGAAGAAUGACAGACUGGCCACUCUCAAUCCCACACUUCACCCUACAUCGGAAGAAUUGGCUAUUGGUAAUAUCAAGUUUACAACGUAUGAUCUUGGAGGCCAUCAACAGGCUCGUCGUCUUUGGAAGGAUUACUUUCCAGAGGUUGAUGGCGUUGUGUACCUCGUUGACUGUGCUGACGUGGCUCGUUUCCCCGAAACCAAGGCUGAACUGGAUGCUCUUUUGUCGAUCGAAGAGCUUGCAAAGGUUCCAUUCGUGAUUCUUGGAAAUAAAAUCGAUGCUGCUGGUGCUGUUUCUGAAGAUGAGCUUCGUGCCCACUUGGGACUCUAUCAAACCACUGGUAAGGGUAAAGUUGCUCUCAAGGACAUUCGCCCAAUUGAAGUAUUCAUGUGCUCUGUUGUCAUGCGUCAAGGCUACGGAGACGGUUUCCGAUGGUUGUCCAACUACAUUAACUGAUUACUCUAAAAAGAUAAAUUGGAUCAGUGAAAUCUACUUGAUAAGAUGGAACUUUUUCGGAACGACUAGGUUAUAUUGCGAGCUCAGUUUUCUUGCUGAACCCAAAAUGCUAUUUGAAUAAAAGCCUUGGUUUGAUUCGAUUACAG